AUGGCUGAACAGCAAUAGUAAUUGUUUCUAAAAUAAUUAACUGUCAAUGUGUAAUCUCUCCAAAGAUAUAUUCAAAAAGAAACAAAUGAAUAAAGAGAGAAAUGCUAUCAAAUUUAUUUGUAAUCCAAUGAAAAUUAUGAUGAAUAUUACAAAUGCAUUCAGUAAUUGCAAACAAAAAGAAAGACAGUUGAUCGCACAUAUGAAUCAAUGGUUAAGUAUUGGCCAUUUUGGACUCAAAAUUGUUUUGAAAAUUCAGAAACGAAGGAUUAAAUUUUGAACUGUUAGAAACAUACAACAGAAUCUUUAACCAAUUUUUUAUAGAAUUCAAUCAAUUAAUUAUAAAUUUGA